AUGACCAACAUGAGCUGGAGCUUCCUCACCCGUCUCCUGGAGGAAAUCCACAACCAUUCCACAUUUGUGGGGAAGGUGUGGCUCACCGUACUCAUCGUCUUUCGCAUCGUGCUCACAGCCGUGGGAGGGGAGUCCAUCUACUCGGAUGAGCAAACCAAGUUCACCUGUAACACGAAGCAGCCAGGCUGCGACAAUGUCUGCUACGACGCCUUUGCGCCACUCUCACAUGUCCGCUUCUGGGUCUUCCAGAUCAUCAUGAUCUCCACCCCUUCGGUCAUGUACCUGGGCUAUGCCAUACACAAGAUAGCCCGCACUUCUGAGGACGAGCGUCGCAAGCUGCGCCGACUGCGCAGGAAGCCCAGUGCUGUCAAGUGGAGCACAGCUCGCUCCCUGGAGGAAGUGAUGGAGGAUGAGGAUGAGGAGGAGGAACCGAUGAUUUACGGGGACUCCCUGGAGACACAAGAGCCCAAGGCUGAGGCUGCCAAGUAUCCAAGUCAGGACCAACAGAGACAUGAUGGCAGGCGCAAAAUUAGGCAAGAGGGACUCAUGAAGACCUAUGUGCUACAGCUUGUAGCCCGUGCCGUCUUUGAGGUGGGGUUCCUAGCAGGUCAGUACCUGCUCUAUGGGUUCCGCGUGAACCCUUCGUACGUCUGCAACAAGGUGCCAUGUCCACACAAUGUAGACUGCUUUGUCUCUCGACCAACGGAAAAAACCAUCUUCCUGCUCAUCAUGUACGUUGUCAGCUGCCUCUGCCUGCUGCUCAAUGUCUGUGAGAUGGUCCAUUUGGGCAUUGGCACUUUCCGGGACAUGCUCCGCAAACGCCGGGGGAAGGGAAACCGCUCCUCGUACAGCUACCCCUACUCCCGGAACAUCCCAGCCUCACCGCCUGGCUACAACUUGGUGGUGAAGUCAGACAAAUCUAACAACAGGAUCCCCAACAGCCUUGUGACGCACGAGCAGAACCUAGCCAAUGUGGCUCAGGAACAGCAGUGCACCAGCCCAGAUGAGAACAUCCCUUCAGACUUAGCCAGCCUCCACCGGCACCUGCGUGUGGCUCAGGAGCAGCUCGACAUGGCUUUCCAGACCUAUAACAGCAAGGGCAAUGCGCAGCCCUCCCGGACCAGCAGCCCCACCUCAGGCGGCACCGUGGCGGAGCAGAACCGUGUUAACACGGCCCAGGAGAAACAAGGGGCUCGGCCCAAGUCCAGCACGGAGAAGGCAGGCGCCAUUGUCAAAAACGGGAAGACAUCUGUGUGGAUUUAGAAGCGUUGUGUCAAGUCCCA